AUGUUUAGUACAAAAAAUUCUUUACAACGUCGAACGGGUCGUUUUGGUGUUGGACGUUUUGAAUAUUUAAAACAAUUAUUAAAUGAAUAUGAACAUUCAUUAACAAAUAAUGAAAAUAAACUUCAAAUACUUGCAAAUUUUGCUAAUUUUUCCUAUGAUCCAAUCAAUUAUAAUUAUUUACGAGAUUUAAAUAUAAUUGAUUUAUUUCUUGAUUGUUUACAAAUGCAUACAGAUGAUGAUUUUGUACAUUAUGCAUUAGCUGGUUUAUGUAAUAUGAGUACAGAUAAAAUAAAUAGUCAAUUAAUUAUUGAAAAAAAUCCAUCAAUCUUAAUUUGUUUAAUGAAAUGUUUCAUUUCAAAUCGAUUUGAUAUUGUUAUGAAUUCAAUGGUAAUAUUAAUGUUUUUAUGUGAUCAUAAUGAACCAAUUAAAAAUGAAUUAAUAAAACGAAAUGAAAUAUGUCAAUAUUUAGAGAAAUAUUCACAAUCAAAAGAUAUUAGAUUAUCAAACAUGGCAAAAUUAUUUUUACAAGAUUAUUUUUUAAUAAAUUAA